AACUGGAAUGCUAGAAGAUAUCGUUCAGGAAACAUACCCACAACCUGUACAGUAGCUAGUUAUUGCGUGUUUACUUUUUGAACCUAAUUAUUCCUGGUAGGUAAAUAGGUUUUCAGUUUUCCAGAAAUAAGUACGGGGAUUUUACAGCGGUAAGCGUUGAUGUUAGUGGUUAGGUGGUUGAUACAUUAGAGCUAGGUUGCUUGCAUGCUCAGCUAGCUUCCGAUGUGCGAGCUAACGCUACUUAGCGAGUUGAAACCCCUAGCGUGGUAAAGUUCGGUUAACUUAGUCAGGAAAAGGUAGCUAACGAUUCAUAUCGAAAGUGUCGAAAUUGGAUACUAAGCAUGGCGCUCAAAUCAGGAGAGGAGCGGCUGAAAGAGAUGGAGGCUGAAAUGGCUCUUUUUGAGCAGGAGGUUCUUGGUGGUUCUGUACCAGUAUCAGGAAGCCCACCUGUUAUGGAUGCAGUUCCUGUAGCUCAUUCCGUUCCAGGGGUUCCUAUAGUGCGGCCCAUUAUAGGUACCAACACCUACAGACAGGUCCAGCAGACAUUAGAAGCCAGAGCUGCUAGUUUUGUUGGUCCCCCACCACCGGCCUUUAUGGGAUCAGUCCCUCCAGUACGUCCUCCCAUGAUGAGACCGGCUUUUGUCCCCCAUAUCCUGCAGAGACCUGGUGGUCAGAGGCUACAGAUGAUGCGUGGCCCUCCAAUAGCACCUCCUCUUCCCCGGCCUCCUCCACCACCUCCCAUGAUGCUCCCUCCUACUGUUCAGGGACAGUCACCUCAGAUUGCUUCUCAGCCCAUCCAGCACCUGGCUGCUGCACCUCAGGUCACUGAUAUGGUUUCAAUGGUGUCAGCCUCAGCCUCAGCCACAAGACAGGGAGCCUCAACUCCCAUCAAAACGACACCAUCAAUCAUUCAGGCAGCACCAACCGUGUACUCUGCUCCUCCUGCCCCUGUUGGACAUAAAAGAAAUGAUGUUAGAGCUCAGCGACAAGCUAGAAUGGAGGAACUUGCAGCACGGGUUGCAGAGCAGCAGGCAGCAGUGAUGGCAGCAGGUCUACUCGACAAGAAAGAAUCUGAAGACAGCAGUACCGUCAUUGGACCCAGCAUGCCUGAGCCUGAGCCCCCCCACACUGAGCCUGUGGAAAGCACUACAGAGGACAAAAAGAAAGCAAAGGUGGAGAAGGUGAAGAAGUGUAUCCGUACUGCAGCAGGAACCAGUUGGGAGGACCCCAGCCUGUUGGAGUGGGAUCCAGAUGAUUUCCGUAUAUUCUGCGGUGAUCUCGGUAAUGAGGUCAAUGAUGACAUUCUGGCCAGAGCCUUCAGCAGAUACCCGUCUUUCCUCAAAGCCAAGGUGGUGAGAGACAAACGUACAGGAAAGACAAAAGGCUAUGGCUUCGUCAGCUUCAAGGAUCCAAAUGACUAUGUCAGAGCCAUGAGAGAGAUGAAUGGGAAGUACGUUGGCAGUCGUCCCAUCAAACUGAGGAAAAGCAUGUGGAAGGACCGCAACAUCGAAGUGGUUCGUAAGAAACACAAAGAGAAGAAGAAACUGGGCCUCAGAUAGUAUUUAUACAAAUGGCACUGAGUGUGUUGUGCACCAACGUGCACAGACAAAAACACUGUGAGACAAUGGCUGUUAUUUUGAUCUGUCCACUCAUGAGCCCCCCCCCCCCCCCCUUUCCUUAAAUAAAACUCAUUUCUA